GGCGCGGCGGCAGGGGGCCCCGGGGUUGGACCCCCAUGAAGGCGCGCGGGCCGGGCCAUGGCUUCGGGCAGCGGCGACGGCGAGCCCGCGGCGCCUGAGGGGGACCGGCCCCACCAGCGGCCCUUCCUCAUCGGGGUGAGCGGCGGCACCGCUAGCGGGAAGUCCACCGUGUGCGAGAAGAUCAUGGAGCUGCUGGGACAGAACGAGGUGGACCACCGGCAGCGCAAGCUGGUGAUCCUGAGCCAGGACCGCUUCUACAAGGCGCUGACGGCCGAGCAGAAGGCCAAAGCUCUGAAGGGCCAGUACAAUUUCGACCACCCAGAUGCUUUUGACAAUGAUCUGAUGCACCAGACACUGAAAAACAUUGUGGAGGGCAAAACCGUUGAGGUCCCGACAUAUGAUUUUGUGACCCACUCAAGGUUGCCAGAGACCACCAUUGUGUACCCCGCGGAUGUGGUGCUGUUCGAGGGCAUACUAGUGUUCUAUAGCCACGAGAUCCGGGACAUGUUCCACCUGCGCCUCUUCGUGGACACUGACUCUGACGUCAGGCUGUCAAGGAGAGUUCUCCGGGACGUGCAGCGUGGCCGAGACCUAGAACAGAUUCUCAGCCAGUACACCACCUUCGUCAAGCCAGCCUUCGAGGAAUUCUGCCUCCCGACCAAAAAAUAUGCGGAUGUGAUCAUCCCUCGAGGGGUUGACAACAUGGUGGCCAUCAACCUGAUUGUACAGCACAUCCAGGACAUCCUCAGCGGCGACCUCUGCAAGUGGCACCGGGGAGGGCCCAACGGGCGCAGCUGCAAGCGGACAUUUCCUGAGCCAGGAGAGCACCCUGGGGUGCUGGCCUCUGGCAAACGUUCCCACCUCGAAUCCAGCAGCCGGCCUCACUGAGCAAAGGGCCUAGGCUUGUGGGACCAAGGACAGGCUGGCCCCCGACAAGAAACCCUUCUGGCAUCAUCUGCUUCUUGGGCGUGGCCUGACUUUGAGUGAGCCCAGGGGAGCCGGUUCUGCUGUUGACCUGGUGCAUGUGCUUUCACCAUGCCAGCUCAGGUGUCCUGCAGUCACCUCACACUACCACAUUCU